AAGUCACUAGUCGCUUAAGAAAAUGGCAUUCAGGUUGGCAGUUCUUGUCUGUGCCUUUGCUGCCGCCCAGGCUGGAGUGAUCACUCCUGUGGCUUAUACAGCCCAUCCAGCCCCAGAAGCCUAUGCUGCUGCUCCAGUAGUCCACGCAGCUCCAGCGCAACUUCUCCACGCCGCCCCAGUCGCUAAAGUCGUUGAAGAAUACGACGCGCACCCACAAUACAGCUUUGCCUACGAUGUUCAAGACAGUUUGACCGGUGACUCCAAGAGCCAACACGAGACUCGUGAUGGUGAUGUUGUCCAAGGAUCUUACUCCGUUGUUGACCCCGAUGGCACCAAGCGCACCGUUGAAUACACAGCUGACCCUCACAACGGAUUCAACGCUGUUGUUCACAAGGAACCUCUUGGUGUGAAAGCUGUCGCUCCAGUCACUAAGGUUGCCCCUCUAGCUUACGCAGCCGCUCCAGUGGUCCACGCUACCCCAGUAGUCCAUGGCGCGCCAUUUGUACACGCUGGUCGAGUCGUUCACGGCGCCCUAUUUGCCUACUCAGCCCCUAUCUACCACCACUAAACCAUUUAACUA